AUGAGGACGCUGCAGAAACGACAGGUGUGCAUCCUUCUACCAAACAAGCAGCACCUGGACUGUACUGUCAGGGUGAGAGCCCGAGGCCACGAGGUGUUGAAUAGUGUGUUGAAGCAGCUCGGCAUCGGUGAGCUGCAGGUCUUUGGUCUGGCUGUUCUCAGAGAUAAUGAAUACCUCUUUCUUGAUUUGGAGCAAAAGCUGAGCAAGUACUUUGGCAAAAGAUGGAAGAGAGGAUCCUCAACAGUCCCAUUCAUCUUGUUCCUGAGAGUACAGUAUUAUGUUGAGAGUGGGUGGCUAAUAUUGAGCAGCAAAGUGCAGCAGCUCUACUACACUGAGCUCAGGCAGAAAGUGCUGCAAUCACAGAGCCGCCAUCAGGAAGCUUUGUACUUCCAGCUGGCAGCCUCUGCACUUCAAGCUGAUGUCGGAGAUCUGGACGAGGACAGACAUUACUUUCUUCCUGAAGACUACUUCCCCUCAUGGCUGAUAAAGCGUCGUGGAAGAGACUUCCUGCUUCAGCACUGCCCGGUGUUGCACGUGGAGCUGAGAGGUGUAUCUCGCAACCAAGCCAUCCUGCAGUUUAUAAAAGAGGCCAGCAGUUUACAGGAUGGACCAGUCACCUUCUACAGGAUGAGACAGGACAAAAAAAAGCUGAGAAGUUCCACCCUUCUCGGUGUAGCACCUAAAGGAGUCCAUAUUUAUCAGGAGGUGGAAGGGAAGCAGUGUCUGUUGUAUGAGUUCUCCUGGACGGAUAUUGAUCGCUUCACUUUCCAGGGCAGCAGGUUUGAAAUCUCUGCAGUGGGCUCUCUGUGCCUCCCUAAACUGGUGUAUUACACUCCUUCAACCUUUCACUCCAAACACGUCCUGAGGCACCUCAGCGACAGUCACCGGCUCCACAUCAACAACAGAGAUGCGGUCAGCUACAUCCAACACCUGGAAGACAUGCAGGCCAGUCGGCUCUACAGAGAGGCCUACAUCUGUGACACAACACGUCUAACACACAGACUCCAGAGCAACAGCCUCACAUCGUCCAUGUCCAGCUGCAGCGUCGCUAAUGAAACAACCACAGCUUGGACCAUAAAGGAGGAUUAUGAGGAAGAUAAAGUCACAGAGUUUGAACUGUAUGUGGACGAACCAGAGGAGUUUCUUGUUGACAACCCAGCAGAGGUGCCGUGGCUGGCUGAGCUGCUCCACGGCGCGUCGGCCGAUGGACCUUUGAUGUUACCCUCUUCUUAUUGGGCAGCUGUCACGGUGGAAAUGAAACAGGUUCUGAAGAGGAAAGCAGAUGAAGGGGUUUCUGUGGACUAAUGUACAGCCAGAGGCAAGAGGGAUUCAUUACGUGUUCUGCAGCUCAGGACAAGACCCCUUAUGUCGCUGCUCUGAUGCUUACAUUGCUUUUUAAAUUAGUAAUCAUAGACCUAAUAAAUUAUGUACUUGCCUAAUAAUAUCCGUAUGUUUCCAGUGCAACAUAAGCUUUAGUUUGAGCAUGAAAAAUCUCUAUUUUUGUUUAUUCAAGUACAAUUAAUACAUUUAUAUUAGAACAAAAAGAGUAAACACAUUAAAUUAUAACAAUGUAAAAUUUGAACAUUAGAUAUAAGGAUAAUGAGAGGAGCUCUGAACAUUUAGAAGAAAUAAAUGAAUAUGUAGGAGAAGGGAAAAGAUGUACAUUCAAGUAAUUUUAGUCUCUCUAUUUUGAAACUUUAAUCGAGUUUAAAUGUAUCUGAAUAUUAAGAAAGUGAAUAAAGUGGAGAAUUCUAUCUUUUGAUUUUAUGUAUCUGGAAUUUGCUGGAAAAUUAUAAACACUUGAAUUUGAAAACAUUUCUCACAUAAAAAGUUUUUGGGUUUUUUUUGUUUUUUGUG